GGCAUGGGAUUGGGUACUUUUAUUGGGGGUACACUUUAGGGUUAGGUUUGUGUCCGAAUUCUCGGGUCGCAGGAGCCCCUCCCCACUCCUCUAACGACGCCGGCUGUAAGGCGUGCACGAGGUGAGGUUAACCACGGAGUCAGUCCGUCGCCAGCCGCGGUACCGCGAGGAUCUCUCUCGCUCGUGGUCAUCCUGCGUUGUUCUGCACCGAGGAUACGGUUUAAUCGUUUUUACACCGGACAAUUGAAUCUCGCGAUCGCGUUCGGUCGCUGUGCUUCAUCGGAUUACGGGAACUCGAGCAUCGAUCCGUGCGGCGCUAUUCAAGAGAAAGUGAAUCAUUGAGAGAGAACUACGCGAGGAUGAGCCUCCACGUGGUCGGGUCCACCAGCGAGCUCUCCGCCUUCGUGAAAGCUGGUGUCAUGGCGGGCUCCGAGAGGGACGCCGGGUUCUGCAGCGGGGCCGACGAGGACGACAUGUCGGGCCUCCACUCGCCCAGCGCCUCCGAGGACAGCGUCGAGGUCCAGGUCACCCCGAUCUCUCUGAGGAACAAGCGGAAGCUGGCGGAGCCCAGGAAGAUCCAGGAACCCAACUCGGCGCCGCUGAAGAAGCGGAGGUUCGAGCAGAUCGAGGAACCCAGCACCGUCGUGGACGAGGAGUCCAGACCGGCAGGCUCGCCGUCGCCCAGUCCCUUCAGACCCUGGAGCACCGGGGCUAAAACCACGGAGAAUAAGCCAACCGUCGUGAAACCAACUCCUUCUUUGCCGACCUCGGAGGACGACGCCCAGAGGACGCAGGCCAGGCUCCAGGAUGAUCCUCUGCAGAGGUUGCAGAGCAACGGACUCCAGGAUGACGCCGCGUCCACUCCUGAUGGUCCUUAUCUCCAGUUCUCGCCGCAAAGAAGAGACCCUCGCAAGAGGCUGGACCCUCCACCUCCACCGUUGGCUACUCCGGCACUUCCUCAUCCCAGGUUGCAGGAGGAACCCCUGGCUCUCGUGCUCAGAGGAGAAGUGUCCAGAGUCCCGUCCCACCCCGCGGUCAGCGGGUCCUUCGACGUCCCGUCCUCCUCCUCGUCGUCGUCUUACCACCCCACGGAUGUCCUCAGCCAUCCUGGCCAGGCUCAUUCCUCGCAUUCUGGUCAUCAGCCCAGGCACCAGGGUGGCCAACAAAGGAACUACAAGAACAUGACACGGGAACGCCGGAUAGAGGCCAACGCCAGGGAGAGGACGAGGGUCCAUACCAUCAGCGCCGCUUUCGACACCCUCAGGCGUGCCAUCCCCGCCUACUCCCACAAUCAGAAGCUGUCCAAGUUGUCCGUCCUCAGGAUCGCGUGCAGCUACAUCAUGACCCUCGGCAAGAUCGUCAACACCCCUGAGGGAGAGACCGUCACCGGUGCUCCUUUGGGAGCCUGCGUGGACCUGGUGUCGCGCACCAUCCAGACGGAGGGGAAACUCAGGAAGAAGAAGGACGAAUAGAUCAUGAUCCUGCAAGGAAUCAUAUCGACUCCGUCGUCGGAAAUCAAUCGUCCUGGUUGCUUCGCUAGGCUGAGUGCUGGUGAACAAACGAAGGACCAAGACCAAGAGCUCCAUGGUUUUGGACUUGGUCUUGGGGUUGCACUUUUUGCAAGGCGCUCAUUUUGCUCCUCGUCAUGGCGGAGCCGUGUAGCUUUUGUAUGCCCAGCUCUGGACCGAUGGGAAGGUUAGGGCGGACAAGGAAACGAAUAAGUCCUUCCAUUCGCUUUAUUAGAGUCGUUGGAUCCACCGGGAACUUUGAUCUCACCACGGGUGGCCUGCUUUGGUGUACUCCUAUGGAUCGCUCCAUCGCGACCGGCCGCCAUUUUGGUUUCGGAAGUUCCGCGCUAGGGUCACUUGACUUUUACUCAACGAUGCUCAAUGCUGUGCUCGCCGACUCGCUCGUAGAUAUCCUUAAGUCCUUAGAAUUCAUAAGUCCAGCCACUUCUGACAAUACCGACCUAACCGAGGAUUUAGGCUUAGUGGGUAGCGGUGGAGUAGACAAUAGCGACGAUGUCCGUCAUCGGCGCAACAAAGUCUGACUCACGGCGGAGGAUCAUUCAAAUUUUUCUCGACUUCCUUUUCUCUAAUUCUCUAAUCAUCCGUGCCAAUAGACACUAACGAUCGCUCGCGUGUGUCCGACUUUGUUGAAACGGGUUCCUAGGUUCACGUCUUAACCCUCGACUAGGCAGAUCCAAGGACGUAUUUUCUUCCAAUCUAAAUAACCGUCGAACGUUAAAUUCACGAAAAAUGGACGUCCUAGUCAAGGGUUAAUGGCGACGUCCGGAGUUUCGUGCUCGACUAGACUAGUAACGGUAUCGUAUGCUGCUUAUUUCCCGAAAUGUGCUUCUCGGUUUCCUUUUCAAAAUCACUAUCGGGGAGAAAACCCGUCGCAGACACAAAAGAAGACAAUAAAACCGAGCCGAGGGCCGCGGAGACGCGCGCGAUCGGCGAAUCGCGAUUCGCCGCCAUCUUGGUUUCCCGAGGUUAUCGAUGCUUCGCGAUAUAAUCGACGCUCCUCGGCUUAUAAACUGCUGCCAAUUGAUUCGUAUUCGUGGUGACGUCACGCCGGGCGAGUCAAGGUACACGGCUAUAUAUCUGGCGGACGUUAUAUGCUUCGAUAUCUCGAUAUCUUGAUAUUUAACACCGGCAGAUGGGGCGGCGGAUCGCGAUACCUCCAAUAUCGGUCGGUGACUGAAUGCCAAGUACAAAUCUGCGGCGAUAAAACUGUUGAUCGGUGAAUUAGUACGAUAAAUCGAUAAGUUCGCGGGGGGUGGGUGGGCGUUUCGAGUGGGA